CCGGCUCGAUCAACUUUAACUUCCCACAAUUCCUGCGUGAAGAGGCUUCAUUAACAAACAGCAACACACCGACGGAGCUAACAUGUCAGACAAGAAGCAGACCGUAGAUCUGGGCUUGCUGGAGGAGGAUGAUGAGUUUGAAGAAUUCCCAGCCGAGGACUGGACAGGGCUGGAUGAAGACGAAGACGCUCAUGUUUGGGAAGACAACUGGGACGAUGAUAACGUAGAAGAUGAUUUCUCAAAUCAGCUGAGAGCGGAGCUUGAAAAACAUGGUUACAAGAUGGAGACAUCAUAGUGGCUGACAAGGCCUUUCAGUAUUCGGAGACAUUGGAUAUGGACAUUUAUAAUUGAAAAUUACUGGCUGACCACAUACUGCAAGAAGAGCUCAGAAGAUGUUAAUUUGUUGCCCUUUUUUAUAAUUGAAGUUGGUGGAAGUAAAGUGUUUGGAAGAAA